AGUACUCUCUAGUCAUCAAUUCCGUCACGUUCGCGGCGACGACGACGACGACCGUGACUCGAUUCCCGGAUAAAAGACGGAGAAAAAACGAACCGUAACUCUCUACCUUUUCUCUCGUCGACUCCUCCCCCUCCUCCUCCUCCUCCGUCACCAUGAAGACGGAGGUGUUGUGCCUGCUGAUUUGCCUCGGCGCGGUCACCGGUUUGACGAGGAAGCAAGAGGCGCUCGAGCAGAAUCGUAGGAAAGUAAGUUUGCCGCAAAGGAAGCAGCGGCCCGCCGAGGAGGAGUUCCAGGAGGACGAGGAAGAGGUAUCGGAUCAAUGUCCCGAGCCGAACGGUUAUUUCCCCGAUCCGGGGCAGUGCGACAAAUAUUACGACUGUCGGGACGGGAAAGUCGUAGAGAAACUGUGCCCCGACGGCCUCGUGUUCAACGACUUUAGCCCCCAGCACGAGAAGUGCGACCUCCCCUUCGGAAUCGAUUGCUCCAAGAGGCCGAAAUUGCAGAAACCGCAGCCGUCCCCCCAUUGUCCAAGGAUGCACGGUUACUUCGCCCACGAGGACACCAGGAUAUGCAACACGUUCUAUUACUGCGUGGAGGGGAAGUUCAACAUGAUCACGUGCCCGGAGGGCCUGGUGUUCUCGGAGAAGACGGGUAUAUGCAACUGGCCGGACGAGGCGCAGAAGAAGGGUUGCGGUUCCAGGGAGCUGUUCAACUUCACGUGCCCGAGAGUGGACGAGGCGAUCGCAGCGACGCACCCGCGAUACCCCGACACGGAGGAUUGCCAGUACUUUUACGUGUGCGUGAACGGGGAGAUACCGAGGAGGAGCGGGUGCAAGUUGGGGCAAGCGUUCGACGAGCGGACUGGAAAAUGCGACUGGGCGAGGAAGAUACCCGAAUGCAAAGACUGGUACAAGGGUCAGUUGACCGACGAGGAGCUGGACGCGUUGGAGAAUCCGCCACCGAAGCCGAAACCGAGUAGCGGUGGACAGCACAGAAGGAAAGGCGCGAAACCGACCUAGAUUUAAGGCUAAACUAAUAAUAUAUGUGUAGAUUUUAAUUUGUUUAUCGGCUCAACGUCGCCUCGAUAAUAAAACAUUUUUAAUAUUAUAUAUAUAUAUAUAUAUAUAUGUAUGUAUAUAUACGUAUUUUAUAUAUAUAUAUAUUUUUUUUUUCACGAACGAAAUUAUUAUUAUCCGAACAA